GUGUAGACUGUAGAUACUUGAUAGAAAGGCAGAGACAGUAAAUGGCGAAACAUGAAACGGCAGCCAGAAAUUACGUUCUUCUGUUUCCUCUGUAGCUGUAGCCUGUAGACCUCGACGUCACUCACACUCACUAAUCACUUCUCUCUAACACCAAAACGUGUGAAAAGCGUUUCUUUCUCUUCUCGUUCUUCUCUUCUUCCAAACACUAAAGACUCAACGCAACGCACCAACACACGCACUUCUCUCUCUCUCAUCACUGAUCGCAUCGUCAACCUCAUCAUCAUCCAUGGUCUCCAAGACCAGUGACUCUGCUUCUAAGCUUCGAAAACAACAUGGGGAGUCUGCAAAUGAUGGUGUUGGUGGAUCCUUGUUGAUGAAGAUAAAUCAGUUGAGAAAGCAAAUCCAGGCAGAGAGAAUUGUCUUUGUUAAAGAAAAACUUAAGAAGAAUGAGAAGAUGCUAAAAUGUCAUACUUCAGUCAUCAUGUCAGCAAUAUCAAGUAGAGAAUCUUCAGAGAGGGAUGAAACAAGUGCAAGUCCCUUGCUUUCUUCCAGAAUCGACCAUCCUUUGUGUAAAUUCAAUGCUUUCUCUCAUGGUUCAGGAGAUAAAGACCAUGGCAAUCAAGACAUAUUACCUGCCACAACAAUUAAGAUUCCAUAUGUUGAAGGAUUACCACCAUAUACAUCUUGGAUAUUUUUGGGCAGAAAUCAGAAAAUGGCUGAAGAUCAAUCAGUUGUUGGAAGAAGGCGUAUCUACUAUGACCAACAUGGAAGUGAAGCACUGAUAUGUAGUGACAGUGAGGAAGAGUUAACAGAACCAGAGGAAGAAAAACAUGAAUUUUCUGAGGCUGAAGACCGACUUCUAUGGAUGGCAUUUGAGGAACAUGGCAUAAAUGAAGAUGUAUUGGCUAUUGUGAGCCAGUUUGUUGGGGGCACCAGUUUAGAAAUUCAGGAACGGUACAAAAUCAUGAAGGAAGAUAACCUAAGAAAUGUUGUCCAGCAUUCAGAAGAUACAGGAGAGCUUGAAUCUUCUGUUGGCAUUCGUCGAGAGAAAAGCCUGAAUGCUGCAUUAGAUUCUUUUGAUAACCUCUUCUGCCGCCGGUGCCUGGUUUUUGACUGUCAAUUGCACGGUUGUUCUCAGCCUUUAAUAUACCCUUGUGAGAAGCUGACAGUUUGGUCUGGGCCUGAAGGUGAUAGAAUUCCAUGCAGUGAACAGUGUUACCUUCAGUCGAAGGUUAUAAAAAGUUUGUCAGAGAAUUCCAUGAUCAGAUCUUUUCAGGAUAAGAAAUCCACAAUUAUGGAAGAAGGAAAUUCGAUAUUGGCAUCCUCCAAUACCAAGGAACCUAAUGAUCAGCUUACUAUGUCGUUUUCGACUGAAGUUGAUUGUCAUGAAGAUCUGAAUAUAAAUAUUCCUGUCUCAGAAAGUGUGGGUAAACGGAAGAACACUAAUCAUUUAGACACAGCAGUAUGUGUCUCAACAUUGCCUCCUGAUGAUUCUCAGAAUUCUUCAAAAAAGCAGAAAAGAAUUGCCAAUGAUGAGGAUACUACAAUUAUUGGUCAUAGAAAGAGCCACAGCUUGGAUGCAUGUGAUGAAGGUAAAGGCACCAGUGCAAAUUUGGACAAAUCUAUUGAACAUGCUUCAAAUAAAUCAGUAACUUUUUCUAGCACUUUCCAUGGUGAGCAAGACAAAAGUGUUGGGGAUGGACCAAAAGAUGCUAUAAUUGAGAGAGAGUUCAAGGUUUCGAAUCCAAUGGAAGAAAAAGUUGAUGGGAUUCGUAGUUUCUCAGAUUGGAAACCUCUUGAGAAAGAACUAUACUUGAAGGGAAUAGAAAUGUUUGGCAGAAACAGUUGUCUCAUAGCAAGAAAUUUACUUUCUGGCUUGAAGACUUGCAUGGAAAUAGCUAAUUACAUGCAAGCCGGUGCAGUGUCAAUGCCCCAUAUAUCAAGCGUUACCUCAAGUUCGACCGCUGAUUGCAAGGGAAAAACUGAUACACAAUGCAUGAACCAAGAUAUUGCGUCAAGGUCCCGGCUGCUGAGGAAAAGGGGCAAAACAAGGAAGUUCAAAUAUUCCUGGAAGUCUGCUGGCCAUCCAUCAAUAUGGAAAAGAAUUGCUGAUGGGAAAAAUCAAUCUUGCAAGCAGUAUACACCAUGUGGAUGUCAGUCAAUGUGUGGAAAGCAAUGCCCUUGUGCUAAUGUUGGAAAUUGCUGUGAAAAAUACUGUGGUUGUUCAAAGAGCUGCAAAAAUCGGUUUAGAGGAUGCCAUUGUGCCAAGAGUCAGUGCAGAAGUCGCCAAUGCCCAUGCUUUGCUGCUGGACGUGAAUGUGACCCAGAUGUCUGUCGAAAUUGCUGGGUUAGUUGUGGAGAUGGUUCAUUAGGGGAGCCCCCUCGUCGUGGAGAUGGUCAAUGUGGAAAUAUGAGGCUUCUCUUGAGGCAGCAACAGAGGAUUCUCUUGGCAAAGUCUGAUAUUGCAGGAUGGGGAGCCUUCUUGAAGAACCCAGUUAACAAAAAUGAUUAUCUAGGAGAGUACACAGGGGAACUGAUCUCCCACCGAGAAGCAGAUAAACGUGGGAAAAUAUAUGAUCGUGCAAACUCCUCUUUCCUAUUCGACUUAAAUGAUCAGUAUGUUCUUGAUGCUUAUCGCAAAGGAGAUAAGUUGAAAUUUGCGAACCACUCCUCAAAUCCCAACUGCUAUGCUAAGGUGAUGUUGGUUGCUGGAGACCACCGAGUAGGCAUAUUUGCCAAGGAACAUAUUGAUGCUAGUGAGGAGUUGUUCUAUGAUUACCGCUAUGGUCCAGAUCAAGCACCACCAUGGGCACGUAAACCUGAGGCAUCCAAGAGAGAUGAAUCAGCAGUUACUCAAGGCAGAGCAAAGAAACACCAGUCACAUUGAAUAUGGCAUGGCGUAAGGUUUACAAUGUAUAUACUUUUGGCUUCUACCAGUAUAUUCUCUCCUGAGACAAACUUGUGGAGUAAGCCAUUAAAUUAGUCUUAAAGUUGGCAUCAUCCAACUUUAAAUCUAUCCCUAAGGGUCUGUUUGGUUGGGAUAAAAACUGGAGUGGAAAAUUUCAUGCUUGAUCUCUGUAUUCUUAUACAUUGAUUUAUUUAUGAAAACUUCUACUCCCUUUUUGCCUCUAACCAAACACACCAUAGUUACAAAUGCUUCCAACUUUUUAGCUCGGGAAAAGCUGAUCAAGUUGGUUCUUAGUAUUGACAGUAUCAAGGACCUCUUGAGAUUUUUGAAUUUAGGGGAGGAUUUAAAGUUGGUUGGCAACCUUAGUGACUAUUUUGUUGCCUUACUCCAAUCAUGUGUGACGUCCUAUGUGCAUGGAGGAAACGUGCCAUAAGGAAUCAAAAUAAUAAUAGGUAUGCAUAUGCUAGUAUGACUAAGGUAUUCGUAUGAAAUAUAUGAUACAGUUAAACAAUAAAGGAUAUGGUCAAUAAGCUAUUUGAGUAGGGACUAAGUAUAGAAAUUCGAAUCCGAGGUUUAUUUAUUUUCCCAUGUAAAAUACCUUGAUCUGGCAUUUUUUUUUAUGAAUAAAAUGUAUAUGUUGCUAUAA